AUGUCAAACAGACAUCACUUCCUCACCUCAAGUCAACGGCACCAAGCACUUCUGUCUCGUGAUUUUCUGGCGCAUUCUUCAUUCAUCUACAGCGUCAUUACGACCAAGAUAUACUGUCGACCAACUUGUCCCUCGCGACUUGCACGUCGUGCGAACAUCAUUUUUCAUGAAACUUGGAAAGAAGCUGAGGACGAUGGAUUUCGAGCUUGCAAGCGAUGUCGCCCGGAUAUUGAUAAGGAGAGACUGAGGAGCGGAGGGGAUGGCGGUAUAUACAGGAACCGUGUGACGAACUCUGCCGGCCAUGUGAAUAAGGCAAUUGAAGUUGAUGAUUUGGGUGAGACUGGAAGGGGAAAGAGGAUCGUCGAUAGGGUCAUGAAGUUAAUUGAGAACGAAGUGGAAAAUGGUGGGCAGAGAUGGACACUAAGGAAAAUGGCAAAGGAAGUUGGUCUGACAGAAAGUCAUUUCUGUAGAAUAUUCAAGAAGGAGGCAGGUGUGACGAUGGGAGAGUAUAGGAAAAAAGUUGUCGAGCGGCAGCAGCUGGAAUCCCCCUGGAGCAACGAGACUAUGUCGGGAUGGGAUGCACCUCCAGAAACUGGAACGGUGGUUUAUCGGAACAACUGCUGGGACGAGAUCGGUGAUUUCCAUAUUCCAGAUAUUGACUCCCCAUCUCUCGGCGGUGCCUCGGCCAUCGUAUUUGACACUCACGCUGAUGAUGGAAUGGAGUUUUUGAACCUCGAGUGCUGCGGAGAUUGA